UUUUCGUUAGUUCUCGAUGUCCAGUCGUUUCGUGCGACUGGAAAUAUCGUACGGAAAAGAAAUAUCGUCUUACGACGUACAUUUCAUUUUUCUAGUCUCCGAUAAAAAUGUCAGACAACCAAGCGCUUGAAUCCAUCGCUGAGCCAAGCUCCCAUCUGCUUGAAACUACGAAGCUCGAUCAGUUAGAUAACGCGAAAAACACGGCUGCGACCGAUAUCGAAAAUUCAGCCGCCUCGGUCGAAAAUCAGGAUGUACCGAUGCAAAACACCGAGUGCAACCUUCCGAUACGAACGGAAAGCGAAGCGAUCGAAAUAUCUAGUAGAGAAAGGAAUUCGACCGUCGUCGCAGAAGUUACAAAAAGUAUCGAUGAAACCGUAAACGAAUCUACGGAGAAAAUAAAAGCAGAGGAUAACGAAGCAGCCUCCGAACCGAAACAAAACGAUCGAUACCCGAGUAUUUCGGAAAUCGAGGGACAAGCAGCUAUAGGCGCGGGAGAUACUUGCUUCGUAACAAGACGAGACGGAAACGUUGCCGCCGCUCAAAAAUCCGAGGAACAAAUCACAGUUACUUCGGCGAUCGAGCAGAUCCGGCCAGAAAGCGAGAAAGCAUUCGCAGAAAAUGACAAAGCCGCGACCGAUGUUGAAUUUACGAUAUCGAAACUGAAGGAAGAAGUUCAGAGAACAUGCGACGAACGAGACUGUUAUCAGAAGAAGUUCGAGAUAAUGGAGCAAAAAUUGAACGAAUUGCAAGUCUCGUACGAUGCUCUACUAAAGGGAGAAGGUAACGAGGUGAUGCUUCGCCGUAUGGUGGAUCAAUUAAAGGAUAAGCUGAUUCAGACAUCCUUGCAACUGGAAGAUCGAAUUCGUACCGUUUCUAAUCAGGAGAAACAGAUAAGCGCCUUAAAUAGUCAAGUGGCUUCGUUGAAGGAGGUGGAAACUCUCACGAGGAGCCUUUUGCAAAUCCGUAACAUGGAAGUAAAGCACUUACAGGCCGAGGUUGACGACAUGGAAGUUCGAAUCAACGAGGAACGAGAACGAUAUAACACUAUGAUCAAUAAAAUGGAUGCUGCGGUAAAAUUGAAUGCCGAUUUGAAGAAGGAGUACGAGACGCAACUCACACUUUUCCGAGAUCUACGAGAAAAAUACGAAGAAAAGGUUUCGUUGUUAUCCGAAGAGAAACGAGCCCUCGAAGCUAACACGCAGCCUGUUUCUAAAUAAUUAGAUGUAAUACAAUCUCGUUCGAUCGUUUUGUAAUUAUUGUAAUUUGUAUAAAAUACAAGUUGUUUGUGGAUGUCUA